CUCACAAGUAGGCACCGAUGCGACCAGCGCCGUCCUUUACGCGGGGGUAGUGGCCUUGUUCUGAACAACACGAUCUGUAUUCGUGAUGAUGGCCAUCAUGAUCGUACGCUUCAUGUGGUUGCUUUGCGCUUCCAUUCUUCCCCCCUUCCUCUUCAUUGAAGGCCAAAGCACCGAGAUCCCAAAGAGUUGCUGCGCGACGUGCCUGAACACGAUUACAGCGUUCCAUUACGACCCUACCAAGUGGUCCGAGUGCGUCAAGGAGACGGCGUGUUGUUUCUGCAGCACGCCUGACCCUGGGUCGCCGACGUUCGACCCAGUGCCGCCACUUGUCCGCAACAUUCCUCAAGUCAAGCAAGGCGAGCCCUUGCGGUUCGUGUGGCCAGGGGUCGUGAACGUCACGUACGUGUUCCUUCAAGGCAACAAGACCGCACUCCCCAAGCUCAACGACGCCUUCUUGAAGCACGACGGGGAUGCCUUUUCUGUGUGCUUCGACUCGGUCGGUACGAUGUACUUCCGCGGGUGGUCCAAGGACCCGUGCAUGAGUGCGUCGUCCGAGAAAGUUGUGCGCAUCGUCGCUGGGACGAGCCCCGAUGUGUCUUGCAGCGCCUCCACCACCCCGGCACCGACCAAGCGUGGUGCAUGCAACUUGCAGCGCGCCGCGCUUCGCGCCAACGGCGACUGCGUCUGCUCGUGGCUCGAGUACUCCAACCCUCCCGAUUGUACGGACCCGUCCAUCUACAAGAUCGGCGCCAUCACCAUCAGCGCCACCGCCGGCUUCAUAGCAGUCCUAUCGGCGUUGUUCAAGUGCUGGAAGAAGCAGCGCCGGCGGCGACAAGCGAAGCUCGAUGCCGAGAACUCGAGUUGUGUGGAUAGUACGACGACCUCCACCACUUCCACAGAUCGUGCCAAAUACACCAGCCACCACCGGACUACUGCCACUUCAUAGUUAGCAGUUAGCCACUUCUACAGCCAUGAUGCCAGCAUGUUAAAUAAGCGCAGAGGUCCGCUAGGCUGCGGUCGUCAGCGAAUGACGCGCUGCAUUC